CGACAUUUUAUUGUGCGGACACACCUUGAACUAACGAUUUUUUCACUUAAAUUCGUUAAUUAUUGGAAUUAUUUAUUGGUUUAGUUAUUGUUAAUCAUUCUUAAUGUUAAUUUUCAGUUAUUUAUUACCAAACUACGUUGAUAUAUAUGCAUGUAAUUGUAAAUAUAUCUUUUAGUAUGAAAAUGUGUUGGUGUUCGUGACAUGCUUCCAUUGUGAUAGUGUUAGCCGGCCAUGCCGGUCGCCAUGUGCUUCAAAAAGUGUUUUGUUUACUUUUAAAAGAAAUAUUAAUUUAUUAAUUUCAGUGAAUUGGUCUACAGUGAUCUUGCAAAAUGUGUCUUUUUAUCAAGAGGAGGAAGUUUACUUUUUAAUUCGUUCAAGUAACGCUGGCCCUGCUGACGUGAUCUACUUGGUAAAUCCUGUAUGGCCAAAAGUUGAAAAUACUAUUAUUUUGGGUGGAAGAAAACUUCAAUUUUAGCAAACAUCAAUUGUUUGUUUCACCAAACUGAUGACAAAUCCGUUUCAUAUAAUCGGAAUACCACGGACGAGAGAGAGAAAGAGAGAGGCAAAAUUACCGGUGGCAAGAGACGGGAAUCGGUGACUUCUUGGCUCCUAGAGGACAUCAGCCAUAAUGGCCGAGGGCAGAUUCGAUGUAAAUGACAUGAUGACGAAGAACAAGCGUCGCAAUUGGCGUCGUUUGUUGGCUGGUGGAUUAAUAGCGAUUGUUGUGUUGGCUCUGGUGAUCACAGUCGCUAUUCUACUAAACAGUGGUCCCAAUUCUUCUGAACCUAAAGCGUUAACUGCAGCCGGCGUCUCACUCGAAGAAUGGCUCGGAGGGUCGCUGUCAACGAAAAGCUUCAAUGGCACCUGGCUGAGUGAUGACGAGAUCCUUUAUAGAGAUGAGAAAGGCAGUUUGAUUAUUUUCAACGUCACCUCCAAAAUUUUCCACACGAUAUUGGACUUUAAAAACAAAGCCUUGGCGACCAGUUUCUACUACGAAAUUUCUGCGGAUCGAAAAUAUUUGCUCCUAGCAUCGGCCUAUCAAAAGCUCUACCGACACACAUUCCUUGCCCACUACAGAAUCGUGAACCUGCAAACUCUGGAAGACUUUGGCUUUCCGGACAACGAAUCUGUAUUCUUGCAAUUGGCAACAUGGGGGCCGAAAGGAAAUUCUUUGGUCUACGUUUAUCAAAAUAAUAUUUAUUACCGUCCGGCCGCUGAAGUGCCAGAUAUUUAUAAAAUAACAAAUUCCGGAGUUCUUCAUACUGUAUAUAAUGGCGUACCUGACUGGGUUUACGAAGAGGAAGUAUUCGGCUCUAAUAAGGCAAUAUGGUUCUCUCCGAGUGGAACAAAAAUGGUCUUUGGCUACUUUGACGACAAUCACACGCCAAUAAUGAAUAUUCCAUAUUACGGAUAUCCAGGAAGUAUAACUUUUCAAUACACGUCCGUCAUUCCAAUUCAUUAUCCAAAAAGUGGAACAACGAAUCCAACAGUGAAAUUGUACUACGUCGAUUUAGAGAAAGUACUAAUAGAAAAUGCAACUCUAAUUGAAAUAGAAGCUCCCCUUCAACUAGAUGGUAGGGAAUCCAUUCUUGCCGCGGUGAAUUUUCCAACUGAGAAUAUUGUAUCGGCAACUUGGAUGAAUCGAGUUCAAAAUGAAUCCUAUUUUCACCUCUGCGACGUCAUUACACAGAACUGCACCACGGUACUAUCAUAUGCUGAGUCAAAAGGUUGGGUGGAUCAAUUUGAGCCACCGGUAUUUAGUAAGGAUGGCACGGCUUUCCUUUUGAUCUUGCCACAGAAACAGGGCGACAGCGGCGAUUGGAAGCAUUUAGUACUUGUUACAAACGCAACCGCAGAGACCAAGACAACCGCACUAACUUCCGGCACCUUUGUUGUCACGGAAAUUAUCUCCUGGGACGAAGACAGCCACUACAUAUAUUAUCAGGCAACAUUGGAGAACGAUCCAGCUCAACAGCAUUUGUAUCGAGUAUCGUUAUUGGAUCGAAAUUUAAAAUCAGAGUGUCUCAGUUGCAAUGCUAAGAGCGAAUCCGAUGGGGUUCGAUGUCUCUAUAAUCUGGCCAAGUUUUCACCCGGUAAUUCACACUACGUGCUCACCUGUGCUGGUCCAGGAGUUCCGGAUAUUUCUAUCUAUGACAAAAAAUCGAAUAAACUAUUUUCUUGGGAGGAUAAUAGAGCCGUGGCGGAAAUAUUGUCUGUGAAAGCACAGCCAAUCGUGAAGAGACUCAAAGUUCCGGUUCCCGGUGGAUUUGAGGCUCAAGUUCAAUUAAUGAUUCCGCCAGGUGUCGAUAUUUCCGGUUCAACCAAAUAUCCGAUGUUGGUUUACGUAUACGGUGGACCAGAUUCACAUCAAGUGACAGAGAAAUUCAACAUCGAUUGGGGGAAUUAUUUGGUUACAAACAAAAGCAUCAUUUACGCGGCAAUUGAUGGAAGAGGUUCAGGAGUCAAAGGAAAUCGGAUGCUGUUCGCAGGAUAUCGUCAUUUAGGAACUGUGGAAAUUGAAGAUCAAAUUGGAGUGACGAAGUAUCUUAAGAAGAAGUUCUCGUUCAUCGAUCGAAGAAGAACUGCAAUAUGGGGAUGGAGUUAUGGUGGUUAUGCGGCAGGAAUGGCUCUAGUCACUGAUACAACUGAUGUUUUCAAAUGCGGAAUGUCAGUUGCUCCCGUAACUGAUUGGGCACUUUACGAUUCAAUUUAUACUGAGAGGUUUAUGGGUUUACCAUCAUCGGCUGACAAUUUAAAGGGCUAUGAGGAAGCACAAUUGCUUAAAAAAGUCGAUAAGGAGAGUGGAUUUAAGACAAAGGGCUACUAUUUAAUUCACGGCACUUUCGAUGACAACGUUCACUAUCAACAAUCAUUAAUGCUUGCCAAAGUGCUCGAGCAAAAAGAUAUCUUAUUCCGACAACAGACCUACACGGACGAAGAUCACGGAAUCGCUCAAUCACGCUUUCAUCUCUAUCACUCUUUGGAAAAUUUCCUCGACGAAUGUUUCGAAACAUCCUCCUGAUCAACGCAUUUUUAUUGAAGAUUAUUAGGAAUUUACAUUGUCAAUCAUAUUUUGUAAAUAAUAAAAAUUUUUGCCAAAUGUACAUAGUUUAUGUACAAAAAAAAAGAAUUGUAAUAUUGUGCGUGUUCUUGUAAAUAUGAAAGAAAAAAAUUUUUAAUAACGACAAAGAUCGUCGUGAUUAAAUGUGCCAAGUCGAGUGUAACAAUUGGAUUUAAAGUUGUUUUUAUAUUUAACAGAAAAAAUAAUUAAAUAAAAAAAGAGAGAGAUAUAAA